AUGACGUGCUCUCGGAGCCGCAGGUGCUUCCCGAGAAGCCAGCCAUCUGGUGUACUUCUCGUAGGUUGGCUCGAUAAAUUUCCGCAAUCUCAUUAUUCCGAUGGAUCACUUGCCCACGUGGCAGGCAUACCGUAACCCGCCGCCUUCCUCUCAACCUAUAAUUUGGCUUUGGAAAGCCGUCAAUUUGAUCGUGUCUCUGAUAUCAUUUCAUUUGUUUUGCCAUCCAUUCAAGAGGACAUAGAUAUUGAGGAAGUGACGGAGAAGAGAACGGAAAAGAAAUCAAUCUGACGGGCGCCGGGGACUCUUGAUUUUAUGGACCAGUUUUGUUGAGCAAAAUGAAAAGAAGAACACGAAGAAGAAGAACACGAAGAAGAAGAACACGAAGAAGAAGAACACGAAGAAGAAGAAGAAGAAGAAGAAGAAGAAGAAGAAGAAGAAGAAGAAGAAGAAGAAGAAGAAGAAGAAGAAGAAGAAGAAGAAGAAGAAGAAGAAGAAGAAGAAGAAGAAGAAGAAGAAGAAGAAGAAGAAGAAGAAGAAGAAGAAGAAGAAGAAGAAGAAGAAGAAGAAGAAGAAGAAGAAGAAGAGGAAGGAUUGA